AUGCAAACUAUAUGGCGGCUCCCUUGGAGCUCCGAGCCGCCAUGCGACAAGAUCAUGGAGAAGUCUGUGUACAACAAGCCGCGCCAGUCGCCUGCCGUUGAGAUUCCGCUGCUGAAAAAGCUGAAAAGAAGGCGGACAAAUAGUCCUGAGACGGGCUCGCCUCACGGCGCUCAUGUUGCAAAGGUCCCAAAGUACGCGCCGGGGGUUGCCGCUGUGGUGAAGACUGAGUUGCCUAACGGAGCAACUGGGAUAGGCGCACCCGCUUUGCAUGUCGACACGCAAGGCGGCUCCGUCGCCGCUGAGAAUGCGUCAGUCAGCGAUACGUCAUUUCAGAAAGAGGCCUUAACUGGCACGUCUACUGAAACGCCGCGCCGCACGUCCUGCAUUUCACCGACAACUAUUUCUUCGCCCGCUAUGGCUACUGAUCUUGCAGCUCUACGGCGCGGGAUUGAGGCCCAGUUCAACUACGAGAUCCUACUAAAGCACAACGAGUUGCGCCUCAUUGAACAGGAACUCGCCAAGUCCCAGAUCGCUCUUGAGCAAUUGCGCCGAUGUCAGCUGAUGCCCUAUCCCGGAGCAACCUUCCCCAGCGAAAUCGUUAGUCAUGGUGUGGGUCCUGCCUUGGCGCCUCCGCCAGGCUUCACCGAGCCGGAACAUCCAGCGCCCUACGGAGUUACGGAUGGACCGUAUAGCCGGCACUACGCCAAGUGGCUCAUUCCCGAUCCUCACUUCGACUCCGUUCCAGCUCGGCAAAGGUCUCUAGAACAUCCAGUUAGCCGUGGCGCACGCGGCUCAUUCCUCGAGCAACAACCGCCAGCAUCCAAACGCUCGUCACGUGGGUCGGCUGGAUCGAAACUGAGCACGGUGCCUGGUGAAGGCCAACCUGCCCCUGGCGUCGUCUUGCAGAAACGCUCUACAGAUGGUCAGUGGGUCAGGCUCGUGUGCAAGAUCUGUUCGAAAGACUACUUCAACAACAUGCAGGGCUUCAUUAAUCACUGCCGGAUAAAGCACAGCCUCAACUACAAGACCCAUGACCAGGCCGCCAACGAGUGCGGUGUUCCGGUAGACCUUGACGAGUUCGGUGCUAUCAUUAGAACCCACGAGGCAAGCCAUGUUGCUGCAGCACUUCCACCGGCAUCUGCUCAAGUCGCUGCGACUCCGUUUGUCCAUCCGCUCAUCACGACGACGCCUGCUCCAAGGCCGAGGAAAAUUGCGGCGCCCAAGCGAGGUCCGAGUUCCGUCAAGUCCGAGCCGGUGUUCAAACCUGUGGAGCAAGCACCCAGCGACAAGCCGCGGAUCAACCCUGCAUUCGUUCCGUCGUCUCAGACGCCGUACAUGAGUGCGAUUCUUCAAAAACGUGGGUUCGCUGGCAACCUCAGCCACCUAGUCGACUCUGCACGCACGAAGAUCGACCUGGCUGCGCUCGAUCCUGAUGAUGAAGACACGGACAGCGUCCUGCCAACGCCCGUCGAGCGUCCUCUAAGCCGCAAGGGCCGCCUGGACGGCAUGCGCCUAGCACCGACCUCAUUGCAACCGCCGCGCUUCGGCUACAGCCACGAUGGAAGUUCCGACAAGGUCAUCCCUGAAUCGCCGACCAUGGAGCUCAGUCCGAACACCGCGGAAUCCAAUCCGGGACUGAUGAGCGACCAUGAUGACGAUGAGGAAGAAGAGGACGACGCGAGGUCUGACGUGGUCAUGGGUGACGCCGCGGAAUUUGUUGAUGACGUGGUCGUCGAGGAUGCGAGUGACGCCGAAGGCUUGCGGCCGCAGACGGUGCAGGUGAUCUGCCACGCGGGGCCUUCCCGCAAGGCGUAG